CACGACGAAGGUUCCAGUAUAGGGUUCGAAACGGGUUCUCUCAGGCCCAGAUUGGUGUCGAGACACCCAUAGUCACGAGCCCAAAAUAAUUUUUAUUUAGCGGGGUCUCCCUCACGCAUUUUAAGCGAGUGCCCAGUUUUUACUAUGAAAUUACGACGCCGACCAAACGCUGCAAGUUGAGCUUCUUUUUCCGUCUAUGGCUGGGAAAAGGAUGGAACCAAGCAGCUCACAAUUUGUAUGAUUCUUGUGCCGAGUUUCCCAUAGAAGGAAGGAGCUUCUUUGUGUCAAUGGGUCGUGAUCUCUUUUAGCAAUUUUUACCUGAGAUGAAGCUAAAAUGAGAACAACUGCUGAUCAUCAUAGUUGUUUCGAGUUCAAUUCCUCUUCCCUGGAGCAAGCAAAAGGGGUUCAAGCAGAUUCGUUGGCACAGUUCCCUAGCUUUAUGAAACAACUGCUUAAAUCUCAUCUGUCUGGUAAAUUUUAUUUGGGUUUACCAAAGAAAUUUUGUGACAUGCAUUUGCCGAGCCAAGAUGACAUGAUUAUUUUGGUUGACGAAAAUGAACAAGAAUUCAGUGCAAAAUACUCUGUUCGGAAAAAUAGACUAAGUGGUGGUUGGAGGGGCUUCUCCAUUGCUCACAAUUUGCUAGAGGGAGAUGCUCUGGUAUUCCAUCUGAUUGAGCCUUGCAAGUUUAGGGUCUACAUUGUGAGAGCAAGCAGAUUAACAGAAGAUGAUGGAAUUGGUCUUCAGACUAAUGAUUUUCAGAAUGGCAAGCCUACUAGCACCUUGAAAGUGGAAGACCAAAUGGAAGCAAAUGCAUGCACUGGCAAAACAGCAAGGCCGCUAUAUCUAAAUUGGCUUGCCAUGGAUAGCCAUCAAGGAACAAAAAAGGCUAGAUUAAAUUCUGAUUGUAAGCUUGAGAUAGAUCAAUCUGGCAAGGGAGACUAUCCUUUUAGUCCCAGUGUUCCAGAAGGCGUCAGAUAUUCAGAGCCUGUUGUAUUUUUUGAAGAUAUAAAGUGUUUCGAGGAUUUCAAGAUCCAAGUGGAUGGCCUAGUUCUUGAUUCACAGAUAUCAAAAAAUCUGAGAGUAAAAUAUUUCAAGCUCUGUUGCAGUCAAAACAUGAGUCUUCAUGGCCACCUUAUAAAGGGCCUUAGUGGUAAGCUAGCUGUUGUAAUGAUUUCUGAAACUAUCAGUAUAGCCGAUGCAAUCAGAUCUGCGGACCUUGCCACACCUCUCCAUUAUCUGGAAUGCUGGGAUAAAACUCUUAAAGCUUUUGAGGAUCUAGGCAUGGCAGUGGGAUUUUUACGCAAUAGGCUGCAUAAGUUACUCAACCUUUCCCACGAAUCCCAGGUGACUACAGAAUCGAAGAGAACAAAACGAGUUCAAGCUGAUGAAGAGAUCAACAAUCUUGAGACCACAUCUUUGAAUGUGGAAGCAUUCGUAGUAAGUCUAGAGGCUGAAAUAGAGGCCCUCAACUUGAAAAAUGAGAAGCUCGAUUUUGAGUUCCGGAGAAUUGCUCAGGUUCCAUGGUGAAAGCGUGUUCUGCAGGCGAGCACAUACGGUAACUCCUGCACCUGCUUGUUGACAGACCUUAAUAGCUGCGUGUAUGUUUCCAAUGCCGUAAAAAUCAAAAUUUCAUGCAUCAUAGAGAUUUCAUCCUAUUCAUUAAUGCAAAUGCUUGCUUGUAUCAUGCUUUUGUAAAUAGCUAUUGGUGAGAAAUCGCACCCCUAUAGAAUUAUGUAGUCUUUUUAUUGAGCUUUCUGCGUCAUGCUGUAUCCAGAAUGAAUUAUUAUGCAAUGAAAAAAAGAAAGUCUUACCUCC